AUGGCCAGCUCGUUGCGGACGCCCAGUUCUCCUGGACAGACCUCGUUGCCAGGUCUAGCAUGGUCGUCCAGUCGCACCAGCCAUUCGCCCCCAGACAUAAACAGCUCGCAAAGACAAGCAGAAAGGGACUGCAAUCGACGCAGCCCUUGGGAGGGCAUCGAGAUCGGCACUGCUCGCUCUCCAAACUCGUCAUGGUAUGGGCCGUCGUCGCUCUUUCAUUUUAUCGGGCGCAUGAAUAGUUACUUGGGUGGAAUCCUCCAGCAGACCCAGAUGUCCAAUCAAAUGGUUCUUCAUGGCUCCGCAACCACACUACUAAACGGUACCACCGAUAAAAAUCCGGACGACGACUUCGAUCAGCAAGUCGCCCUUUCCGCUGGGGUCCCCUUCGCGGCAACGGAAUUCCUGAGUCCAACACAAGAAGAGUACUUCCUCGAUUUGUUUUGGAAAUCUUACCAUACAUGUCUAUUUCCUAUCAUCAAUGAAUCCGAAUUCAUGGACCACUAUCGAUCACUGUGGACAGCAUCUGGAGACACAAGAAGGCCUUCUGCGCUCGUUGACAUUGUGAUUGCCAUGUGCAUGCAGUAUGGUAUUUCACAGGUAUCCCCUCAGCGACAAAAGCCCAUCAUCGAUGGAGACGCCAGUGUCGCCGGCCGUCGGUACUUCCAACGCUGUCAGCAGCUAGUUACCUACCAGCUUGAAAGCCCCACAAUCUCGACGGUACAAUCUCUCAUCUUGUGCUCCAUAUACUUAUGCAACGGAUCUUUCCAAAACAUGUCAGCUUCCUGGUGUGGCACAGCCGCUAGAGCAGCUUAUGCCGCCGGGCUCCAUGUUGCGCCCUCGGACGCAGUACCGACACCGGAACGCGAGCUGAGGAAGCGUUUGUGGUGGGCUCUUUAUGAGCUUGACGCCAAAAUUGGCAUAAAACUAGGUCGACCGUUUCUUCUCUACCGCUCUCCUGCCGAGCCCGGGCUUCCAGACGACCAGCCUGAAGCCGCGAAGCAGUCCGGGUCUCAUUUGGCUCAUUUGGGCGAAAACAAAACUUGGCUCAGUUUUCACCUAUACAACGCGAAGCUGUUCAUUGCUGCGCGGGAGAUUCACGAGGCAUUUUACGCACGGGAUGUGAACAUUCUCCAAGGACAGUCCAUCUGGGAUGACCCCCAGGCCCUAGAAUCUCAUGCCGAGUUCUUGCAGCUGCAUGCAAGAAGCCUAGACCAAUGGGUAGAUGAACUACCCCGUGUUCUCAAAACAAGCAGACAAGAAGAUGGCAUCCCCUUCUCCACAGAUGGAACCAAACUGGAUAUCGAGCCAUUUGCGCCGGUAUGGCUCCAGCGUCAACGCCUAAACCUGGAGCUGAUGUAUCACAAUCUUUGUACUAACAUCUAUCGACCCUUUAUCUCCUUUGUCCCGGGACCAACUUCAAGUUUGGCCGAGAAGUUGGCCACGAAAUGCGCUCUCCAUGCUAUGGCACUCACCAACAUAAUGCAUCAAACGCUGUCAUCAACAAGUAUUUUGACUGGUUGGCAUGAGGCUUUCCAAUGGCAGUGGAAUGCAUCCAUGACAAUUGUUGGCUUUGUACUAGCUUAUCCGCGUGGUGCGCUGACACCCGAAGCCAUCAAAGCAGUAGACCUGUCUAUAACUGUCUGCGAAAUAUUUGGAGAGCGCUUCUCCGUUGCGACCAGCGCUGCCAUGAUCUUACGGAGUCUCGGCCCCAAGAUCAACUUUCUGCUGCAGUAUCAUUCGGAAACACACACCGCAAUACAGGAUGAUCAUAUUGAGCAGGGAAAUGCCACCCAUGGUUUAAUCAAGCCGGCAGCUAACACAGAAUGGCUUGAUAAUAUCAUGGCUGGGACUCCUGGGCUUGAUGCUUCUUUCAUGGUGCCGAUGCAAGACGUGUUUCAGAUGGCUUAUUCGAUUGAGCAGUGGAGUGCCUUGGAUGACCUAUUGCCAAAUAUGGAAGGCGACCUGUGGAGCUUGCAGGGCUUAGGGGGCUGA